AUGAGCGUAGAUUCCACUUCAAGCAAAAAUAACAAUGUUGCGACAGGGAAAACAAAUAUUCCUAAGAAACGAGCGUAUCCGUUGCGAUUGGAAACAUUGCCUGAUAUGACGAAUGACAAGGAUAUAAACAAGGAUGCGAAUAUUGUGACGUCUACUCAAAAUGUACCAAGGAGAGAUUCUAUAACUUCGUUAAAGAAAGAAGUACCUCACAGUCAAAAUUCAUCUAUUCCAACAAAUGAUGAAUUCGAGAACGACCACGAUUUUAGAUUUAAAAGACAUAAAUUACCGAAGAUCAAGGGAACUCAGUCACUAGGGGAAAGAUUAGAUAAUCUUCAAGAUAUGAAAAGAGCUAAAUGGGUAGAUAAUUUUGAUUCUUCAAUACGAAAUACCCAAGAACGAAGCAGUAGAGGUAAAUUGAAAAGUAGAGAUAAUAGGAAGACCACUAAUAAUAACAAUGAGAUACCUAGUUCACAACCUAAUUUAGAUAUGAAUGAAGUACCUUACUUAGGAGCAACGCAAUGGCAACAACCAAUGUAUUAUAUACCUGUUCCAACGUCACCAAUGUAUCAUUCACAGAUUCCAGUAGGCGGAUUACCUGCACAAUAUAUGAACCAGCCUAUACCUAUGAUUCCUAACUCUUCAAUGCAACCAUAUUAUUCAUCUCAAUCAAUACCAGGUUCCUCACAAUUGUUACCUCCACCACAACUGAACCCAUCAAAUUUACAGUAUACACAGAACACUAGAAAUGGUAGAAAAUCGAUAGCAGAACAACGUGGUCGUAGGCUGUCCAUAAUGUCGAAUAGGGAUCAGAUGAUGAUAUCCCCACAUAGAGAUGUCCCUGAGAAUCAAUUUUAUAGAUACUUAGGAAAUAGCCACGGAGACCCACAAUUGCAAUUAAAACAAUUAUUUUCUUGGUGUGCUAUUAGAAGUUUUGAAAAAUUGCGUCAUGAUUUAAAAGGUCAAGAGAAGUUUAGUGGGGGGUUACCAUCUAACUUUAUUGAAACUAAAAAUAUUACUCUUUCCAUAAUACAGAAUUUUGUUGAUGAUUUAAGAAGAGACCAACUGGAUAUUGAUUGGAAUGCCGAAGAUAGGUCCGAUAUUGGAAAAUAUAAGGAAAAACUAGGAACAGUCAACAGUCUUGAGCAUGAUGAAGCAGAGGAUACUAUUUUAAAGAAUCUUUUUAAGGAUGAUGACGAAGAUGAAGAUGAGCAAGAUGAUGAUGAAGAAGGAGAUCAAAUUGAAAGAGGGAGAGAAGAUGAUGAAAGUACAGAAUAUAACAGUGAUGCAAAAAGUGAAUCUUUUUAUUAUACUGGUAUUGGUAUCAAGAGAAUUCCAAAGAUCAAAAAUAAACGUAGUAAUAAACUAGAUGCACAAAAAACUGAACAAUCUCAACAUCAUAACGAAUUAAAAAAAAAGGAUAUACCAUUACUACCAAACAGUAAAAAUAUUAAAAAUGAACAAAACUUGUUAAUUUUAACUGAAAAAGUUGAAAAACUGACAAAUGAAUUAAAUGACUGGAUUACCGUUUUAGACAACAAAGACCUCGAAGAACAUAUUAGAGGGAAGAUAAACACCAAAGAUAUACAACUUGAACGUGAACCUAUUCAAAGGGAAUUAGAAAGCAACAGUUCUUUGGUCCAUAUGCUGUCCAUAGAUGAUAUUGAAAAGGAUUUAGUAAGUAGGAUGAAUAAGCUACAAGUGCAUACACAUUUAAUUAAAGCGCAUUCAAAUAUACUCUCCAAGACAACUACAAAUAAGAUUAAACUUUUAACUAACGAAUUUAGAAACAGGGAGAAACCAAAAGGAGAUGGCAUAGAUUCCAAACAACUAUUGCGUGGAUUGAGUGAGACAUUAACCAAAUUGUAA